AUGAGCGGCGCGGCGCUAUACGUCAAGGAAGACCUCCAAAUCACAUCGACCCAAGAAGAAAUCCUCGUUGGCUGCCUCAACGUAUGCUCGCUAAUCGGCUCCUUAGCCGCCGGGAAAACCUCCGACCAAAUCGGCCGGCGUUACACCAUACUCCUCGCAGCAGCCACAUUCUUCCUGGGCGCUAUCCUAAUGGGACUCGCCCCUUCCUUCCCGUAUCUCAUCGCCGGCAGGGUCGUCGCCGGAAUCGGUGUCGGAUUCUCCCUAAUGAUCGCUCCGGUCUACUCGUCGGAGCUCUCCCCUGCCUCCACCCGCGGUUUCCUCUCCUCCCUCCCAGAAGUCUUCAUCAACGUCGGAAUCCUCCUCGGCUACAUCUCGAAUUACUUCCUUGCAGGCAGCGGCCUCCCGUCGAGCCUCAAUUGGCGAGUAAUGCUCGGAUUGGCCGCAUUCCCCGCUCUCCUGGUCGGAUUCGCCGUCGUUUUCAUGCCCGAAUCGCCCCACUGGCUCGUCAUGAAGGGCCGUUUCGCCGAGGCGAAACGCGUCCUGAUCAGAACCUCCUCCUCGGAGGAAGAGGUCGAAUUGGUCGACUCGAGGAUGAACGAAAUGGUGAAGGCAAUUUCGAUGGCGGAAUUGCCGCCUUCCAGUGGGUUUUGGACCGAGCUGGUCUCGGUUCGGUCGAAGGCGAUUCGACGAAUCGUGAUCACGGCGGUCGGGGUCAAUUUCUUCAUGCAGGCUUCCGGCAACGACGCGGUGGUUUAUUACAGCCCGGAGGUGUUCAAGGUCGCCGGAAUUUCAAGCAGGAAACAACUAUUUGGAGUCACGGUGAUAAUGGGAAUAGCUAAAUCUUCUUUCGCCUUGGUUUCGGCUCUGUUUCUUGACCGGUUUGGGAGGCGACCGCUUCUGCUGCUCGGUUCGUCCGGGAUGGCAGUUUCGCUGGCUUUAUUGGGCCUGGGCUCGAAGUAUCUGGACUGGUGCGAGGAUGAAAAGCCCAUUUGGGCUGUUGUGUUCUGUGUUGUUACGGUCUGUGCUGACGUGUCGUUUUUUUCGAUUGGGCUUGGGCCGAUUACUUGGGUUUACUCGUCGGAGAUUUUCCCGACGAGGUUGCGUGCGCAAGGUUCCAGUUUGGCGAUCUCCGUUAACAGGCUGGUGAGCGGAGUGGUGGCGAUGACGUUUCUGAGCGCUUCGGAAACGGUGUCUUUUGGCUGGAUGUUUUUGGGGUUGUCGGGGGUAAUGGUAAUGGCGACGACUUUCUUCUAUUGUUACUUGCCGGAGACGAAAGGGAAGACGUUGGAGGAGAUCGGGGUUCUGUUUGAGGAUCAGGACGAUGAGCAUCGAAGGCUCAUUGUUUCUUGA